UUUAAAAUUAGAAAGCACAAAGCGCCUUUCAGCGACAUAUACGCUGGACUUUAGUACGAUGUGUGUCACUGUUUACUAACACCAUUUAUUUAUCCGCGUAGUAAUGUUGAAAUGGGCAUUUGUUAUUAACCUUUUCUUCAGCUGCGUUUGGUGUCAAGAUUCGGAAUACGCCAUAGUCGGUCUCUUCGAAGAUGGGGAAGAUCCCGCCAACGAAAAAGCGUUCAACUAUGCCAUUGAGCAAGUAAACGAAGAGUGGGGUACAUCUCGGUUGAGUAACCUCAAUUACUAUCUCGCUCCAGAUGAUUCAUUCCCGGCUAUCAAUCUCACUUGCCAUUUGGUGACCAAUUCCGUUGUCGGAAUCUUUGGCCCCAAAUCCUUAUACAACAUCUACGGUGUUCAAUCUGUGUGCGACGCUAAAGAGGUACCUCAGAUCCUGUCGAGAUGGAUCUAUGAUCCACUUAGAUCAGACAACGCUGUAAAUUUUUACCCACACGCGUCUUUGCUCACACAAGCAUACAAAGAUAUCAUUACCAAAUGGGACUGGAAGGCGUUUACUGUAUUGUACGAAGACGACGAAAGCCUAUUGCGUCUAUCGGACUUAAUAUUAACUUCGAAACGGGAAAAUAGAGUAGUCAACGUGGAACAGUUGGAUAAAGAAGGCACUGGAAACUACAGACCCGCUCUAAAAAGAAUAUGGAAGUCGCAACAAAAAUUCAUUGUACUCGACUGUCACAUUGAUCACUUGGUGGAAGUUCUUACCCAAUGUCAGCAAAUCGGUCUUAUAACUAGCGACUACAACUACUUGAUUACCAAUCUCGACGCCCACACUAAGGAGUUGUCGCCCUUCCAGUACAGCGAAACCAAUAUUACGGGGAUCAGAAUUAUCAACACAGACUCCAAAAGAGUCCAGACUGUUAGCAUGGCUCUUUUCGAAGAUUCCUUUUUCCCGUUAGAAGCCGCUUCGCGUCUACCAACCGAAACUGCACUAAUUUACGACGCCGUGAUGAUGUACUCCAAACUACUUCGAGAUGUUGAAGAGUCGGAACCUCCUCUAGGUGUACCUUUGGACUGCUACGCUCCAGGCAGUUGGAAAUAUGGAUACACAUUAAUGAACUUAUUGAAAACGGCGAGUUACAAAGGCCUUACAGGAAAUAUUCAAUUCAACCAGGAGGGUCACAGGAGUUCUUUCGGGCUUCAGGUGUACGAGCUUAGGGAAGGGGGCAUUAUUGAUGUCGCCUACUGGAACUCGUCAACUGGUUUAAACAUGACCAAGAAUUACUCGCCACCCGUAGUCGAAGACCAGGACAGCAUGCGUAACAAAACUUUUAUCAUCGUCAUCACCCUGACUGAUCCGUACGGUAUGCUUAAGGAGACGUCGGAACAACUGGUAGGCAAUGAUCGAUAUGAAGGAUUCAGUAUGGACUUGAUACAUGAGCUUUCCUUACUGGAAGGUUUUAAUUACACAUUCACGGUGCAGGAGGAUGGAGCUAAUGGUAAAAAGGUGGGGGAACGGUGGACUGGUAUGCUGGGUAAAGUCAUAUACGGGGAAGCUGACAUGGCCAUCACAGAUCUGACGAUAACAUCAGAGCGAGCAAAGGCGGUUGAUUUCACUUCACCAUUUAUGACGCUGGGGAUUAGUAUUCUUUUCCAGAAGCCCUCGAAAGCUCCGCCGAACUUUUUCUCUUUCGCUGAACCAUUCGCGUUGGACACUUGGAUAGCAUUAGCAGUAGCCUUUUUCGUUGUUUCUCUGUCGUUCUUCCUUCUAGGUAGAAUAUGCCCGGACGAAUGGACCAAUCCCUACCCUUGCAUCGAGGAACCCGAAUUCUUGAUUAACCAGUUUAGUCUCACAAAUUCCGUUUGGUUCGCAACCGGCGCCAUGUUGCAACAAGGUUCGGAAAUUGCACCAAUAGCGAUUCCAACCAGAUUAGUUUCUGGCGUUUGGUGGUUUUUCGUGUUGAUUAUAGUGGCCUCGUAUACAGCUAACCUUGCCUCGUUCCUCGUGACGGAAAACAACCUCGAACUCUUUACUGACGUCCAGAGUUUGGUCGAGAAAGCCGAGGAGCAUAAAAUCCGUUACGGGGCUAAAGCAAAUGGCGCCACUUUCGAUUUCUUCGAUAAAAGUGAAGGCAAUGAACUUUACAAGAAGAUAGCGAAGCAUAUGAAAGACCACCCCGAAGAUAUGCCGACUGACAACAAGAUCGGCAUAGAGAUGGCUGAAUCGAUGAGGUAUGCUUUUUUCAUGGAGUCCAUUUCUAUAGAAUACACUACCCAAAGACAUUGUGACCUGAAUAUGGUUGGAGAUAGACUUGACGAGAAAGGUUAUGGCAUCGCUUUGAGGAAAAAUUCGCCGUACAGAACGAGGUUGAGUACGGCCAUACUUAAACUUCAAUCAUCCGGGGUGAUCGAUAAAAUCAGAAAGAAGUGGUGGGAAGAAAGAAAAGGAGGGGGACAAUGUACGGGAGAUGCCGAGGAGACCGAAGCUACCCCGUUGGACCUUCAAAACGUCGAGGGAGUGUUUUACGUCACGGUGUUUGGAACAAUCAUGGGUGCUACUCUCGUCUUUUUCGAAUACGGGUUUAGCAUUCUGAGAAUAAGCAAAAAAGCGAAAAUAACUUUUCGGGAAGCGCUGAAGCAAGAGCUCAAGUUUUUUGUUAAAUUCAGCAGUAACGUGAAACCUGUCAUCGGUUCCGGAUCGGAAGAGGACGAUGAGAAAUUGCACGAAGAAUCGCAGCCCAAAUCCGAGUCCAAUAAGUCCAAAACUAAAUCGGAGACACCGAAGACCACCAUAACGGACAAUGGACAUGAACGACCUUACGGGUUUGUGGUACCAAGAAGCCACGGCGAAUACCCUUAGACUGGUCUAAGUAGAAUUGUUUAGUGAAGUAACAAUAAAUCCGUUUGGGAUAUACAUAGGAGAAUUAAAUUUAUUAUUACCCUAUGCAAAAGCGUUUAUACUGUUCUUGUGCUUGUUCCAGCUUUGUUGAAAACCUAAUCCCAAAGAAGAUGAGUUUAAUAUAUAUCGUUAUAUUAGCAAUAAAAUAAAAAAAUAAAAAAACUGUUAACGUUUUCAAUUCGGGUGCCGUUUUGUAUAUGUGAAUUCAAGGUCAUAAAUUUUGUUAGUGUGUAAGUUAUUAAUUGUAUCAAGUCAAUUCAACGUUCUGUGAGGUUUUUGCAUCUCCAUCCCUGAAGGCAUUUUUUUAUGCGACAACGAAUAAGAUGAA